AUGACAUCUAAAGGAAAUCUUGAAUUCAACACCAACCCUCUCGACCAACCGAGACGUAUCAUUAACUGUAUUUCCGGAGGUUUUGCAGGUGGAGGCGCCACAAGCUCGGCAAGAAAGCAGUCUUACCGAACUAUGCUUUCAAUAGAAGCCAAUCAAAAUCAUCAUCAGACACCUCCACACUUCCCUCAAAUUACAUUCCAGGACUCCGACUUCAACACAAACGUAACAAAUCUAGAUGACCCCGUUGUGAUCUCCCUACAGCUCGGCGACCUCCUAGUUAAAAAGGUUUUACUGGACCCUGGGAGUAGUGCCGAUGUUCUUUUAUACUCCACAUUUCAGAAGAUGAAGCUUAGCAACAACAUCCUCCAACCUUCCACCGGAGACCUGGUCGGUUUCUCAGGUGCAACAUAUCAACGACUAAUGGACAAAGUAUUUGCCGAACAGAUCGGCAGGAACAUUAAGGUCUACGUUGACGAUAUGGUCGCCAAAACAAAGAUAGACAACAACCACCUUGAUGACCUCGCAGAAAUUUUUCGUCAAAUCAGAAAUACAACAUGUGGUUAA